GGCAACCCAGAUCCGAUUCUGGUAGUGUAAACUGUGAAGGUUCGUUCGUGCUGUUAGGUUCAAUCGUUAGGUCGUGGGUGGCUCAUUCUUUGGUAGCAGAAAAGUAGACUGAGUUAUAUCAGAUUAGUCUCAAAGCUGCACGAUGUAUAUAACCGACGAUGAACUGGCUGGAUUUGAUUCAUACAAGUACAGCAGUAUCGACACAUCACCCUUGUCAAAUUAUGUCAUGCACCCAUUCUGGAACCAGUUUGUGAAGAUAUUUCCAAAAUGGGUAGCACCAAAUUUGAUGACAUUCAGCGGAUUUCUACUCCUCGUUUUACAAACUGCAGUAUUGACAUUUUAUGACCCAUAUUGGUAUGCAUCAGCUAGUGAAUUUACUGAAUAUCCACCCAUACCAGCGUGGGUUUGGUGGCUUUGUGUAUUCACACAAUUCUUCUCGCAUACUCUUGAUGGCUGUGAUGGGAAACAAGCCAGAAGAACGGGGUCAUCUUCGCCCAUGGGUGAAUUAUUUGAUCAUGGUAUAGAUUCUUGGUGUGUUUCCAUGUUUGCUUUUGGAAUUUAUUCAAUAUUUGGUAGAGGAGAAUGUGGAGCUUCCGCUUGGCAAUUCUAUGCUGUAUUAUGGAUGUUGAUGACUUGUUUCCUACUCUGUCACUGGGAGAAAUAUAACACUGGCAUCUUAUACUUACCAUGGUCAUAUGAUUUUAGUCAAGUGGUAAUGGCUCUUGCGUACGCAAUGUGUGCUUUUUUCGGGACUGAGAUCUGGAGAGCGGAUAUUUAUGGAAUCAAAAUUAGAGAAUACAUUUUGGUUAUUUUAUAUGCUUCUGGAAUUUUGUUCUCAAUGCCAGUCUGCUUCUACAAUGUUUAUAGAUCUUACGUAGACAAGACUGGUAAAAUGAGAAGCAUGUACGAGGCGUUUAUUCCAUUAUUCUCAUCCGUUAUUGUCUUUGUAUUGUUCACAACAUGGUGUUUUUUUUCAACUGGAAAUAUUUUACAUCAGAGUCCAAGAUGGAUGUUAACGGCUGUUGGGGUUAUUCUAUCAAAUAUUGUGUGUCGACUCAUUGUAAGCCAGAUGUCAAACAGUAGAUGCCAGGUCUUCAAUUUUCUUAUUGUGCCAUUGUUUUGUGCUGUUUCUGUCUCAUUAUUCUUUGGUGAUGCCACAAUUGAAUCUUGGUGCCUCAAAAUUCUUACCGUCUCACUGGUACUGUUGCACAUUCAUUACGGAGUAGUUGUGGUCGACCAGCUAGCUGAGCACUUAGGCAUUCGUGUGUUUUCUAUAACAAAACAAUUAAAGAAGCACAAAGAAUGACUAUCACGCACAGAAAUAAUUCAAACAAAUUCAGAUACGGAAUAUGACAAAGGUGAUAUGCAAGAGAAUGAUUCUGUCAUAUAACCUUAUUUUCAUGACCCAUUAUUUUUGUGACUGCUUAAAAUUUAGAAAAAUGGAAAUUUUAUAUUAUCAUUGAUGCUUUUCUAUUUAGGUAUAUGAUUAACAAUAAAAAAAAAGUGCUGGAUUCAACCCAAAUCGGCGAAAAAAACUGAAAAAAAAUAGGGAGUUAGAAAAAUUGAGGAGAAAGUAUAUUAUUGAUUUUCAAACUUGAUACUAGACCAGCUUAAAAAGAACCUGUUUAAAAUCAAAUUUUCUUAGAAAUUUCAACAUUCCCUCGUUUGUCAUAAAACCCCUGACAUGUUACAUAUACUUAAAAAAGCGAUGAAAUUAUAUAUGGAGCUUAGACUAUAUUUAUUCCAUUUAAAAUAUCAGAUUUAAUAAUUGAUUUUGUGUUUGAAUGUGGCAUUGUAUAAAAAUGUGACGCCGGUUUUGAACAUCCUGUAUAUUCAACUUCCUUUUUCCUCAUCAUGUUUUUAUGACAGGGUAUAGAAAUAUCGUUUCUAUUUAACAAUGGGCCGUUUCUGAAAUCGUGUAUUUUUACGCACACAUUCAUGGUGAUUAUGCCUUGUUAUAUAGUUAAACAAAUUGAAAAAGCCUUUUCUAAAAUUGCAACAGUUUUUAUGCGAUUCAGGGCAGGGAUGUGCAACCUGUGGGCCAAAUGCGGCCCACAAGAACAAUUGUGCGGCUUGUGUAGAAGUGCCAAUUUUGAAUGGUACGCGGCACCUGAAACGAGUUUUUAAUCUGGUGCGUGUGAGUAAUUCCAACCCCUCCGCGUUACAAAGUAUAUUCCUGAGUCCAAUUUAUUAUCUAUGCCUAUGACGUUACAAUGCCCUAAUAGCUAGCUUGUGCGAAGCGAACAAUGCAUGUCAUAAGAUCGAUAGUCAAAAUGUUUGUGUUGCAACUACUAGAAAGCCUAUGUUAAAUGAGAGUGCGGCCCGCGGUUUCACCCAGUUAUUUGUAUCUGGCCCUCUUGUAUUAAAGGUUGCACACCCCCGAUUUGGGGUAAUCAUUAAAUUAAUCAUCUCGGCCUUAAAACAAACAGCAUAUUUUGAAAGUUGAUUUACCUUAUAAAUCCCAGUAAAAUUUUGUUAUUCUUUUUAUAUCUGCACAUCUCUUCACAUACCUUUAACUAACUAUGAAAGCAAACAUCCAUAUUGAGCUGCUACAAAAUAAUCAUUUUAACGCCUGACUAUGUUCUCUGCUAGUGAUGCCAUACAUGUAAUGUUUUUGUGUUCGAAAUAGAAUCCCAUAUUUUAUAUGUUUUUGAGCUAAAUACAAAAAAGCUGAGCUGUAAAAUUUCAUUGUUCUCAUAUUUAAUGAUUAUUAAGAUUCAUUAUUUAAUUUAUUUAUUUGUACUUUUAUGAGCAAUGAACUUCAAGUGUAUUUUACUAUAAUUUUCGAAUGCUUUAUGAAAUCUUGUAGGUGUAAAUAUCGUCAAACAUAUAAACAGCAUAUGCCAGACCCGCAUAGUCCCUUAGUCUGAAUGACUAUUUAUAUAUACAGAGCUGCUUUUGGAGAAAAAACAAAAACAAUCAAUUGGUCUUAUUCUCAUCUAGAGUCUUUUCCUAUCAUUUCAGUCUCGUGUUUUUGAAAUGCCUUUUUCUUAUUGUGACUGAGACCAAGAUUGAGACCAAGACAUUAUAAAUAAUGCAGACACAUAUAAUCUAUUUAUAUCUUUAUUGCUGAACCAUUCCAGACUUCCAGAUGUCAUUUUGUUUUGUAUAUUUUUACAUGUUACGAAAAAUAAAUAUAUGAUAGAAAUAAAAAGAGUGAAACUAGAUGAUGACCUGCAGAGAAUUGAUUUGAAUUUAAUAUCAAAUUGUUUAUUUUAAAUUGGCACAAAAUUUAGUUGCUUGUCACCAAAAGAUAAUAUCCCUUUUAUCAAUUUGGAACACAUAUAGCACAAUUUUUGUGCUCUGACUUUGAAUAUAAUUACAUUAAUUUGCAACUUAAUGUAAGUGGAUCAUGUUAUUUUUGCUUACUUAGAUAUACCAUGAGUUGCGGCAUAUGGAUUUUAUAUAGUAUACAAGGACCAAUUCACACUUAAUUGCACCUUGUCGUAACAUUGUCCAUUUUUUCAUCUUUAAGAAUCAAUAUCAUAUUUAUUGAGAAAUAAUCUCAGGUACUCUGUUAACAAUUUGCACAAUCAAAUGUGUGCUGGAAUAUUAUUUUUCCAUAUACUGUAUUUAAUUUUUUGUUUAUAUAAAUCAAAAUUGUCGAUUUUUUCUUCAAGAUGAUACUAUUUGAAAAAUGUUAGUGACCAUUAUCCCUGUCUUAUAGUUCCACUUUUUUGUGUCUAUGUCCCUAAAUAAGGUAUUUCAGAAUUAUGUUUUAAUAAUUUUUUAUAUCGAUUAUUCCAAAUGAAAUUAUUUUGAAGCAUAAGUUUUACUAUAUGCUAAAUUUUAAUGACCAAGUAUCAUUUCACAUUGACUUCUCUCAUUUGUUUUAGCGAAAUUUUUCAGUAAUGCCUGUCACUUUUAAUUUUUUUUUUUUCAAGAUGUUCUUCAGUCAGAUCUACUUGGAAAUUGUAUUCAAAUAUGGUUAAUGUAGUUGCCGACUGUCAAAAUCUAAAUUAAAUUUCUUAAUUAAUAAUGGAGAAAUGAUUAUUGGAAUGCAUUUCCUAUUUGAAAGAAGUACUACUUUCGCUUCUAUAAAUACUACUGAUUUAUUGUUUUUUAUCUUGUGAAACAAUUUAGCAAUGAUAUGUACGUAGCAAAAUGGUAUUACAUACUUCACAUCUAAACCGAUUCAGAAACUUUUUUAUUUUCAUCACAAUUUUUGAUCUUCGCUAUGCUCAUCUCUCAUCUAAGAUGAUAAAAAUUGUGUAAACGUUUCUGUCCUGGAAAUUUUUUAUUUUUCGAAACUUAAUAGCUGUACCCAAUGUUGAUGUAUGUGCAAAGGGGUAAGUUAAAUCAAGUUGUAGCAUAUAUUAUUGAUUUCAUAACAGUUAUUUCCUAUGGAACAUUUUCAUACUCCCAGUUCAACUCCACAAAUAUGCAAAAUGGUUUUACCUUCAUGCAGGUAUCUUAAUUUUCUUCCAACUUUUUCGGGUUGAGAAUCUUUUAUUUUAAUCUUGUUUUCUUAUAAUUAUUAUUUCUAGUGUUUCCUAAUAUUGGAACCACUUAUGAUCAACACAUAUGACCACAUAUUUCCACACCAAAUGUGCGCCAUAGAAGGGCCAUGCUUAUUUCUCGGUUUCGGGCCACCUUGGUUUUGUAUUGUAUUCGAGCACAGAACCAAGGACUAAAAUACUAUGAACAAUUGAUAUAUGUGACAGCGAAUUUUAAGUCGAUCCUUUUUUGCCAUCAUGGUGUACUACGUCUUUGAUUGUAUUUGUUUCACUUGUCCUGUUGUGAAUAUAAUUGGAAUAUUUACAUUCCGAAAUCAGAAA